CUCGUGGAAGUACUGCUGGUAGUGGCACAGAACCUGUUCGAUCAAAUUCCUCUGACGGUCGUCGUCGUCGUCUUUGACUGAAGCAGAGCAGGAGUUGGUCGAGCAAGUCUUGCUCUCGGAUUGGGUGAGACAUUUUGGAGUUUUUUUUGAACUAUCGAUCUGAAUGCCCACGGGAAGAAGAUUGAAGUUUGCAAAAGCAGGGUAAAGAGUCAUUGCCAGUAAAGAAGUCAUUAUCUCCAGCCUAACCCACAUACAAUGAGACAACUAAACCAAAUCCAUGCGCUGCUGGUCAAAAAUCCAAAACCCCAAGUUUUAAACCCCUGGCUGGGAUAUCUGACAAACUCUUCAGCACCACAAAAUGCCCUUUUUCUAUAUAACCAAAUGCUCCACCACCCAACUUCCCAUAACCACUACACAUUUACUUAUGCUCUAAAGGCAUGCUGCUUGCUCCAUUCACCCCAUAAAGGCCAAGAAAUCCAAGCCCACGUCACAAAAUCCGGUCACAUAUCUGAUACCUUCAUCCAAAACUCUUUGCUCCACUUUUAUGUAAUCCAAUCUGACAUUGUUUCUGCUACCCGCGUUUUUGAUUCAAUACCCGUACCGGAUGUUGUUUCCUGGACUUCGAUGAUUUCGGGUCUUUCCAAGUGUGGGUUUGUGGAGGAAGCCAUUGUCAAGUUUAUGUCCAUGGACGUGAAGCCCAAUUCCACUACUCUUGUGACUGUUUUGUCUUCUUGUUCUACUUUAAGAGCUUUGAAAUUUGGUAAAGCUGUUCAUGGCCAUUGUUUGAGGAACUUUCGGGAAAGAAAUUUGAUUUUGGACAAUGCGGUGUUGGAUUUCUAUCUGAGAUGUGGAUCUUUGGCGAGUGCACGAUACCUGUUUGUCAAUAUGCCCAAGAGAGAUGUGGUUUCUUGGACUAUCAUGGUGGGUGGUUAUGCACAAAGAGGUUUUUGUGAAGAGGCGGUGAAACUUUUCCAACAACUGCUGCAGGGUGGAGAAGCUGAGCCUAAUGAGGCUACCAUUGUCAAUGUAUUGUCAGCAUGUUCUUCGAUUUGUGCAUUAAGUUCAGGCCAGCAGGUGCAUUCCUAUAUCAGUACUCGACGAGAUCUCACGGCGAAUGGCAAUGUGGGGAAUGCCUUGGUCAACAUGUAUGUGAAGUGUGGAAACUUGGGAAUGGCUAUCUCAGUUUUUCAGUCCCUGGAGCACAAAGAUAUCAUUUCAUGGAGUACCAUAAUAUGCGGCAUGGCCAUGAAUGGCCAUGGCAUACACUUGUUGCAGCUCUUUUCCAGUAUGCUAGUCAAUGGGGUGUCUCCUGAUGGUGUAACCUUCCUCGGGUUGUUAUCAGCAUGCAGUCAUGCUGGCCUGGUAAAUCAAGGGUUGAUGUUCUUCAAUGCUAUGAAGAAAGUCUACCGGAUUGUCCCUGAAACACAGCAUUAUGCGUGUCUGGUCGAUAUGUAUGGUCGAGCUGGGCUAUUAGAGGAAGCAGAGGCUUUUAUUAAAGAAAUGCCAACAGAAGCUGAUGGUCCUGUUUGGGGAGCGCUGCUUAAUGCUUGUAAAAUUUAUGGGAACGAGGAGAUGGUGGAGAGGAUCAGAGAAGGCCUCCGCAAUAGUGCAGGAGUGAGCACCGGAACUUAUGCUUUGUUAUCAAAUGCUUAUGCUAAACAUGAUAGGUGGGAUGAUUCUAAUAAGGUUCGUGAUGAAAUGAGAGAGAUGGGGUUGAAGGCACCACCAGGUCGUAGUUGGAUUGAAAUUGGUCCGUCCAUCUAACCUAUACACACGUGAUCCCAAAUUCCCAAUACAUGGUCAUCAUAUCGUCAUUUUGUCAAACCAGACCCCAUGAUGGGUUUUUUUAGAAAUUUGAGCCAUGGGACCCUGUGAAUUUGGUAAUAUCAACAGUUGAACCGAAGUUUGAGAUGUACAAAAUCAAUCAUCCGGAAAAUGAGAACCGAGAAGAAGUUGAAGCUGCAGAGGAACAUCAAGGAGAAGGAUAGAUCAGCCAAUGAGAUGGCCCACGUGAGCUCGGGGUCAAGGGGAAGUAGUAAAUGUAGAAAUUUGCUGAAUAGAUCAAGAGAAUCAAGUACAAGCUUGAAAAGGCCAGAUGUAAGGAGGCUUUGCUGAUUGAAAGACUCCUGUCAUUAAACCAAACAAUAGGCAAAGAUAGUUGGAGAUGAACUCCUUGAUGGAGUUAGGGGAGGUCAGAGAAUUAUUGCCUACCUGGUUUGGAGGUGGGAGGAAACAAGGUUUAAGAUCAGGUGCUAGACGAAUAUCAGAAAAUAUUUAGUGAUUCUUGGAGGACUACACAAGAGGAGUGCAUAAAACCAUUGCCCUUAUUUAAAUGAGGCUGUAAAGAAAUUCCAGAUGUGUCUGUAAAUCUGUUUUCUUUAUCAUCAUGUCGUAGCUGGGAUCAUCAGAGGACAGAUGGUUACUUUUGGUCUUGGAUGAUUUCUUUGGUUGGAUCAUGGUUUGGUUGGCUGGACUGAAACUUCAGUAAUAAAUACUUUACAACAUCCUUUUCUGAGGCGUAGAUCGAGUUAGGUGUGGUUUUUGUGUUCCAUAGACCGCAAUGUCUCUCAAAACUCAUCUCUUUCUCAACAGUGUCUCUCAUGAAAAAUUCCCAACAAUUCUUGCGACAUGUAAAUGCUACUGUCCAUGAGUGCUGCAGCAAUGGCUCUGGCUAGACUACCUCCCACAUAAGUUGGCUGGAUUUUCUAAGCCUUCUGCUGGUCAGGUUCUCUGGAAUGGGCACGAGAUGGCAGAUUUAUGACUUUUUCACCACAGAAGUUCACGGUUCUGGACAGUGUUGAGUGCUCUGAUCUUCUUGAAGGAAAGCUAGGAAAUUCUUCACCUGCUUCACAGCUGAUGGGGAUGAGGAGAAUGGCGAAGGAGAAAGCAAGAAUGAUGAAUGCUGUCAAUGGGGCAGUGUCGAAGAGCUUGCAGCAGCUCACGAGGUUGCUAGUAAUCGACAUGCCUAUUUGAUUGCUUGAUGAGCCUUCUGUUGCAUUGAACAAUGAUGGUGUGAAGCUAAUUCAUCGACUACAUUAUUACAGAGCAUGGAAGGAAAGGCGGUACUCUCAUUUUGGUUGCUUGAUCAGCCCUCUGCAGUAUACCAAAACCAAUUGUGUUCCCUAGUUUGUCGAUGUCCAUUUCCUUUCUUGUGACACAUUUUCCAUCUUUGCAAGUGGAAAAAAAAAAAAAAAAAGAUGGCUAAAAUUGACCAAAAUACCCCUUCCGAGCAGUAUAAAAUAGCUCCCGGGACGCAAGUAGGGUUUUACACUCAUUAGUUUAAGAAUGAGGCUUUGCUCUCAGAGAGAGGCCGAAGGAAGCCCUCUCUGAAUGUCUGUGGAGCCGGUGAUUUCAACCAAGUCUUACAGACUCUCUCUCUCUCUCUCUCUCUCUCUCUCUCUCUCUCUCUCUGUGCACUGCGCACCGUAUCUGGAUCUUCUUUGCUUUCUGUUUCUUUCAUUAUCUUUCUUCUUCUUCUUCUUCUUCCUCAAAAAACCGAAUGCCAAGAGGCGGUGAUGAUUUUUAUUCAGUUUCUCUAAACCAGAUGGCGGGAAUGGCGAACCGGUCUACUUGGCGGGGCGACCCGGUUGCCCCUGUUGGUGAAAAUGACUUUUGUGUCCUUUAACCCACAGGCGGCGCCCGGUGGUCGCAGCCAUGGGAGGCCCGCGUUUGUCUUUCGCUUUUGUCUGACAGAAGGCGAAUCUGAGCCUCGCCCACUUUCUGUUUCUCCAUUUUAUCUAGUUAUGCGGUAACAUAAUUAAUUUUUUACCCGAAUUGUUUUACACGUUCAAAACCCAAUUGGUAAAGUUAAGGAAUUGGUAAGACCCAAAUUUCGUAAAGUUGAGGGAUUUUAGCAUUUGCAGCUGGGUUCUUGAAAACCCAGUUGUUGAAAUGUCACUUGGAAUUUUGGUUAAAGCAAACAAUGCAAUGACAUGAGACUAUAUGAAGCUAGAUUUUUUUUACUUCUAAACACAGUAGGAACUUGGAUUAUAAAUCAUAUCGAAUCUUAAGCAGUUGGAAUCAUUGAAACCAAUUAGAAUUGAUUUGUUGGUAUUACAGACUAAUAACCGAAGAGUUCUCAUUUCUCAAUACCAUGUGACCAAAAGAAGCUUGCUGUACUAUCUGAUUAUCGUUUUGUUUUUUUCAGGCUCACUUGAGUCCCUUCCUUGUAAGAGAAAAUAUGAAUGAUAGGUUUGGAGAACAAGUCAUUGGGACAGAGAAUUAUUGUAGAGUUGACACAAAUUGAGUUGUUGGGAGCUAAGCUUUAUAAAGGGUCUGUGUCAUCUCGUGGAGAAGUUGCAGUUAAUAGGUUUGAGAGGGCUCUCAAUUGGAUUACAAAAUCAAUCCUUUUUUAACUGGGUUUGGAACAACUGUAGUUGUUUGCAAAACAAAAUCUAGUUCAACAUCCUUGAAGGUGCUGAGGGGGGAUGAGCUCAUGCCAUAUGGUAGCCUCAACAUGCAUCCUGCUUGACAGAAGCUUCAACUCGAUUGUUGUCCUAUCCUGGAAGCAAAGGUUGUGUCUGCCUUUGCAUAUUUUCAUGAAGACUGGGUGGAAGACACGAGAUGUCAAAGCUUGCAACAUAAUGAUUGAUGCAGAUUUUAGUGGCAAACUUGGGGAUUGUGGUCUCACAGAAGUAUAUGAGCAUAAUAUUAUGACAAGAGCAGCUACCAAUACCAGCCAGAACGAUGGAGUAUCUUGCCCCUGAAUACACUUACUGAGGAUUGGGGUGGUGAUGUUAGAGGUGUCAAUGGUUUAUAUCCACUGGACGAUGAUGGAACAGUGGUUGUUGAUUUGUGCUUGGGGCUGUUUGAAAUGGGGAAACUGAUUGAAGCUGCUGAUUCAAGACUCAUUGGUAAGUUUGACAAAGGUAGAGAAGCUGAUGAGUGGGCUUGGUUCAUUGCUUAUGUGCACCGAAACCAUGUGGAGAGGUCAACAGUUAAGGAUGCCGUUAGGUUCCUAGAAGGCUAAGUGCCACUUCCUGCAUUGCGUGAAAGAAUUUCAUGAUGAUUCUGAAGAAACCCCAAAUUUCUUUGGUAUUAGGCCCAGCCUUGAACUUAAUGAUGUAUCAUAUAUGACUCCCAAGAGACAAUCAAAGUUGAUAUCUAUCUCUGCAGCCAAAGCCAAUUAGUGGAUGAUUCUUUUCCACCAUGGUCUCAAAAUUUCUCAUCGACUUUCAGUCAAAGAGCACUCCUUCUGGUAUUCUGUCUCAGCUUGCACAGCUCCUUCACCUUCAUAGUCAUGCAGCCUCAUGCCAGGGUUUGGGGUUGACAUUUGGUAACUCCGUAUGGGAAAUCUUUUUGGAUUUAAGCUUAAUCUAUAUGCUUAACCUUUAAUAUCUCUCUAAUUUUAUCUCUACUUUUUCAUGGCUGACUUGAUUUUCAGAAAAUGAAGGCACCGUUUAUUUUCUUGUUUCUUUUCUCCUGUUGUUUCUAACACUCUCCUAUAAGCCUAACUAAUGAGUAACAGAACCAGAUAACCAUCUUUUGAGUUAUGAACUUAUGAUCACAUUCAUUUCUUUCCUUUGUGUCUAUUUCCUUUUUCUUUUUCUUUUUUCUCUUUGUUUUCUUUUACUUUCUAAUAUACGCAUCCUCAUAUGCCAAAACCUUUGCAUUUGUACAAUAGAAUAUUAGAUCUUUCUUCAUUUACAUGAGUUGAUCUUGGUUAUGAAAGUUAUUCUUUUUCCUUAUUUUUCUUGUCCUUUGGUGAUACAGAAAUUUUAAGAGAUUCAGUUUUUUAUUUUUAUUUUUUAUGAUGAUAAAAAUAUUCUAACUUUUGACACUGGUUUACAUUCCUUUCAGCUACCGCAACGGGAAACCUCAAAUGAUUGUGCCUGUUUUUUCUCCAACUUUUUAAGCGGUUUACUUUAUUUUCAGUUCUUCCAUAAACUCAUUGACUGUAUUAUUGUCCCCUUUACAUCCUAGAAAUUUGUUUCAAAGAAAAUCUGAAAUAUAUAUCUAAUAACCUAACUGAUACAAGCUUUAGCCUCUGUUGUGCAACUCUUACUGUCCAUCAAGUAUAGAGGGUAAUGCUUGUAAACUCCUGCUCAAUGCAUUUGAAUGAAAAAGCAGUCAUUCUUAAUUCAUCCUCUUUUAUAAGUUUUUAUUGCAAUUUACUUGUAGAUGAGUGUUAAAAGUUUCAAACACCAAGAAAUUCAAUGGGGAAGCAUAAAAGCUUAAGUCAUUGGAUGAAAAUCUGAUUGUUAAAGGGGCAAAGGAUUAGAAAAUCGAGUAAAGUAUAUCAUUCAGAGUACUUGUUGGUAAAGCCUACUGUAGGAUAUGUUUUCGAAUGAAGGUCUUGGCACCAAUUGUGUUAAUGUUUUCUGCACACAUACAUGUACUGCCUUCAUUUCUACUGUACCUUGGUUUUUCUGCUUCUAUGCGAACAUGGAUAUAAUAUUUGAGAAUUUUCUUUUCCUAAACAUAAAGGUUUUUCAACUUUGAUGCCUUAUAAUAAAAUAGACAGAUUGCAGGCUAAGUUCAAUGCAUCAGCUACACUGAGAUUUAAAAGAAACAGAGUUGUUGGGGAAGGGACAGCAGUUAAGAUUUAUCAAGGGUCUCUGUCAUCUGUUGGAGAAGUCACUGUUAAAAGGUUUGAGACCUAAUGGGAUUGAUUGUUUGCAUAACCGUUUUACUAGUGGGCAUUGAGUUUGCAAUGGUGGGUUGUAUGCGACACAGGAAUCUGGUUCAGCUUCAGGGAUGGUGCUGUGAGUAGAAUGAGUUAGUCUUUUGUGUGAGUUCAUGUUAUGCCCCAUGGAAGCCUCAACAAAGUCGUUGACAGAAGCGUCAACUUGGCAAAUAAUUGAGAGAUGUUGAGUCUUGGUAAAGUUGUUCAUGACCAUUGUUUAAAGAAACUUUCAUGAAAGUAAUUUGAUUUUGGACAAUGCUAUUUUGGAUUUCUAUCUGAGAUGUGGAUCUUUGGCAAGUGCAAACCUGUUUGUCAAAAUGCCCAAGAGAGAUGUGGUUUCUUGGACUGACAACCAAAGAGUUCUCAAUACCAAGAGAGAUGUCAGUUGGAAUCAUCAAAAUCAAUUAGAAUUGAUUUGUUGGUAUUAAAGACUAAUAACCGAAGAGUUCUCAAUACCAUGUGAACAAAAGAAGCUUGCUGUACUAUUUAAUUAUCGUUUUGGUUUUUCAGGCUCACUUGAGUCCCUUCCUUGUAGAGGAGAAAAUAUGAAUGAUAGGUUUGGAGAAAAACAGUCUGGGACAAAAGAGAGUUGUUGUAGAGUUGACAGAAAUUGGGUUGUUGGGAGCUAAGCUUUAUAAAGGAUCUGUGUCAUCGGGUGGAGAAGUUGCAGUUAAUAGGUUUGAGAGGGCUCUCUAUUGGAUUGACUGAUUUUGUAAUCCUUUUAUAACUGAGUUUGGAACAACUGUAGGUUGUUUGCAACACAGAAUCUUGUUCAACAUCCUUGAUGGUGCUAGGGGGUAUGAGCUCAUGCCAUAUGGUAGCCUCAAUAUGCAUCAUGCUCGACAGAAGCUUCAACUCGAUUGUUGUCCUAUCCUGGAAGCAAAUAUCUCUAUUGGAGUUGUGUCCACCUUUGCAUAUUUUCAUUUAGACUGGGAGGAAGAUUCAAGAUGUCAAAACUUGCAACAUAAUGCUUGAUGCAGAUUUUAGUGGCAAACUUGGGGAUUUUGGUCUCACAGAAGAAUAUGAGCAUAAUAUUAUGACAAGAGCAGCUACCAAUACCAGCCGGAACGAUGGAAUAUCUUGGCCCUGAAUACAAUUGCUGAGGAUUGGGGUGUGAUGUUAGAGGGGUCAACUGGAGGAUGAUGGAACAGUGGUUGAUUUGUGUCUGGGGCUGUUUGAAAUGGGGAAACUGAUUGAAGCUGCUGAUUCAAGACUCAUUGGUAAGUUUGACAAAGGCAGAGUUGGAAAGGAAGCUGAUGACUGCACUUGGUUCAUUGCUUAUGUGCACCGAAACCAUGUGGAGUGGUCAACAGUUAAGGAUGCCGUUAGGAUCCCAGAAGGCUAAGUGCCAUUUCCUGCAUUGCCAGGGUUUUGGCUUGAGCCACUAGGAUUGAAAACAAUUGGCAACUCCCUAUGGAAAAUCUUUUUAGAUUUAAGCUUAAUCUAUAUGCUUAACCUUUCAGAUCUCUGUAAUUUUAUCUCUCUAAUUUUUCACGGCUGACUUGAUUUUCUGAAAAUGAAGGCACAGUUUAUUUUCUUGUUUCGUUCUCCUGUUGUUUCUAACACUCUCCUAUAAGCCUAACUAAUGAGUAACAGAACCACAUAAGCAUCUUUUGAGUUAUGAACUUAUGAUCACAUUCGUUUCUUUCCUUUGUGUCUAUUUCCUUUUUUUCUUUUUUCUUUUACUUUCUAAUAUAUGAAUCCUCAUAUGCCUUUGCAUCUGUACAAUAGAAUAUUAGAUCUUUCUUCAUUUACAUGAGUUAAUCAUGGUUUCAUAAGUAACUCUUUUUCCUUAUUUUUCUUGUCCUUUGGUGAUACAGAAAUAUCAAGAGAUUCAGUUUUUUAUUUUUAUUUUUGUGAUGAUAAAAAUGUUCUAACUUUUGACACUGGUUUACCCUUUCAACAGGAAACCUCAAAUGAUUGUGCCUUUUUUUUUUCUCCAAAUUCGUAAGCGCUUUACUUUUUUUUCAGUUCUUGCCUAAACUCAUUGAUUGUUUUAUUGUCCCCUUUACUUCCUAGAAAUCUGUUGAGUCAAACUCCAGACAGGGAAUUUUUGGUGAGUCCGCAUUAAUUGGUGAGUCAAACUCCUCAACGGAAUUUUUCGACACCAACAAGGAGGCAAAAGUUCUGCUCGCUAAAGAGGCUUAUGAGAGGCAAGUUGCUGAAUUAAAUGCCCUGAAAGAGUCGACAGGGAAAAAGGAAUUUGUUGAUGCACUCUUCUCAUGUGACAAUAGGUACAGGAGAUACAGUAGGAAGGAAAUAGAGAUAGCAACAAACUUCUUCUCAGAGACUAAUGUGAUUGGUGAAGGAGGAUAUGGGAAAGUUUACAAGUGCAGUCUUGAUCAAACCCCGGUAGCUGUCAAGGUUCUUCGACCUGAUGCAGUUGAGAAGAAAGAGGAGUUUCUGAAAGAGGUUGAAAUUCUUAGUCAGCUACCAAUGCUUGGUGGUUCAAGUGGUAAGGAGCUUGUUCCCCUUAAGCAAGGUCUCGAGUUCGAGCCUUGUGAAUGGAGCAGCCAAUAUUGGGAGUGCUUCCCCCCUAAAUGGGGUCCGACCCGGCUCGAGAGGAAUUAGUCCUUACCUACGGGUGGAGGAUACCUUGGUUUAACCAAGAAAUUCUUAGUCAGCUACAUCAUCCUAACAUAGUUUUGCUUCUUGGAGCCUGUCCAGAGAUCGGUUGCCUGGUCUAUGAAUACCUGGAAAAUGGGAACUUGGAAGAUUAUACUCCCACCGCCAGAAUGGAAAACCAUCUCCCCCUUGGACUGUUAGGUUCAGGAUAAUUUUUGAAAUAGCGUGUGGGCUUGCAUUCUUACACAACUCAAAGACAGACCCUAUUGUGCAUCGAGAUCUAAAACCAGGUAAUGUCUUACUGGACAGAAACUACUAGAGCAAAAUUGGGGACGUUGGGCUGGCUAAACUCAUUACAGACAUCGUGCCUGACAACAUAACGGAGUACAGAGAAUCAAUUAUUGCUGGUGCACUCUUUUACAUGGAUCCAGAGUAUCAGAGAACUGACCCAAUUAGACCCAAAUCGGAUUUAUACGCAUUUGGGGUCAUUAUCCUCCAACUAUUGACAGCACGGCAUCCAAAUAGGCUUUAUAUACAUUGUGGAAAAUGCAAUUGCAAAUGGUUCUUUUGCCGACUUUUUAGAUGAGUCAGUCAAAAGACUCGUUGAUAUUGCAGAUCCUAGUUCUAAGAUUGAGAGAAACCAUAUUGAUGCACCAAGCCACUACCAUUGUCCAAUACUUCAGGUAAAGUAUUGCGAGUAGUAAAACAAAAAUACUGAAGGAUUCUAGAUUUUAGUUCUCUUUGAAUUUUAGCGUGCAUAUCAUUUCUUGCUUUUCUUGAUGCAUGUUGUGGUUAAUGCGGGAAAUCAUGGACGACCCACACAUUUCUGCCGAUGGCUUUACUUAUGAGUACAGAGCAAUCAAAGCAUGGCUUGACAAACACAACGUAUCCCCAGUGACAAGGCUAAGACUUCAGCAUUCAGAGUUAACUCCUAACCAUACAUUGCGUUCAGCCAUACAAGAAUGGGGUCACGCGUGACAUACUCUACUGCCUUGGUGGAUAGACGAGUUGAUAAUGCAGCAAUGUAUAAUGCCUAUUCAAGAAUUGUGACUUUACCAUGUAUGCACUAUAUUCCGAUCAUCAUUCUCAACUGACCGUCUGGGAAGUCUAUGAGCCCCCAUUGGUGCACAUUAUCUACUCGCUAGUAUAGCUGAGUACAUCAUUAGCCUAUAUUAUAGUCGUCAUUCAAAUGCUUAAUUAUCUGUACAAAUUCUAUAAUCUCUAUCAUUGCCUAAACAUAAUGGAACCCCUGAAGGCAUUAUCAAUAUCACAAUGUAACACUACGGGUGCUGCAACAUGUCAACCAUCAGAACUGUGCAAAUUCCAGAGCAUUUUCAU